GGGACCUGCCGAGCAGGCGCGUGGUUGGCCGGGGCGGGGUCGCCAUGGCAACGCGCGGGGGCGGUGGGCGGAGCCCCUCCACAGAGGCGGCUUUCUGGCGCCCGCGCCGCGGCGGAGGUGAGCGCGGGCGGGGCCUGGCGGGCCGCGGCUCUUUGCAUCCCGGGGGCACCCGGCGGUGCCGCUCUGCCCGCACUUCGGAGCGCCCGCCUACCGCCCGACGCGCCCCCCCGCGCCCUACCUCCCACCUCGGCCUGGGCCCUUCCUCCCACCCGGAACGGCGUUCCCCCUCCUCCGGCAGGACCUCUUCUUACCCCUCCCUUUUGGGGACCGUUCUCCGGGGGGUCAGGCCUGGUCUAGCUGGUCUGACGGGUCCCCCAGGUGGCCUUAGUUCAUCCCAGACCCUCUUGACGGCCGGGACACAGUGUCCGCUGAGGACCCCACGCACCUCGUAGCUUUGCUUUGUUGUGAUUGUCACACGCUUGCUUCGGGCGACGCGAGCUGUUCCCAGUCCCCUGGGGUCAGCGAGCGCGGUGUGUUGGAGUCCACACAGCCUCUGGCUCGCCCCGUGACGCAGACGUCCCUCCUCCUUCUAGCUGGCCCCGCAGGGGGCCCACUUCCGUCAACAUGUCCCCAUGUCCCGGAGAUCUGGAGAUCGUGGGGACACACACUCCGCCACAGCCCAGCACGGCCCUGUGUCCUGCUGAGGCCUCUUCCCACCGUCACUGCUCCCCCUCACCAGGGGUGAUGGCCUCACCCAGUCCCUGGCUGCCUGCCCCUCCUCCUCCUCCUGCCUGUCACUUUACUCGGCUUCUGAGUGAGACCCUGGAAGACCGCAGUGACUCCUUUCGCCUCCUCUUCAUCGUCUCCUGCAGUUUCCUGGAAGCUCCAUUGGACAACUUGCCUCCAGAGCGUCCAACCGCAAGGCUUCAUUCUGCCUUCAGUUCCCUCGGCAGCCAGCUCCUGUGACCCCUCCCUCCACCGAGCCUUCCCAGCCUCUUGCAUCCCUGGGCCACAGCCCUUCCUCAACCAGCCUCAGCCCCCUGGGCUGGGCCUGUCCGCCCUACCCUCGCCAUGGCCUCUUAGCCCGCACCCUGACCCCUCCUUUCCUGCAGGUCUCUCUUGUUGGCUACAAGAAGACACCCAAUACAACAAUGCCAUCCCCACUGGGCCCCCCACGCCUGCCCUCUGUGGACGCCGUGGCCAUCCUGGAGGAGCCUGAGGCAGCACGCCUGCGCUUCCGAGGAUUCUGCUACCAGGAGGUGGCAGGUCCCCGUGAGGCCCUGGCCCGGCUUCGAGAGCUGUGCCGCCAGUGGCUGCGGCCGGAGGCAUGCUCCAAGGAGCAGAUGUUGGAGCUGCUGGUGCUGGAGCAGUUUCUGAGCACACUGCCCCCCGAGAUCCAGGCCUGGGUGCGGGGCCAGCGGCCAGGCAGCCCUGAGGAGGCUGUAGCCCUGGUCGAGGGCCUGCAGCAUGACCCUGGGCAGCUGCUGGGCUGGAUCACAGCCCGUGUCCUGAAGCAAGUGGUGUUCCCAGCAGCACAGAAGACAGAGGAGUCCCUGGGGAGAUCCCACCCUUCAGGGACAGUGGAGCUUCUCGGGGCCACCUCUCGGGAGGGAUCCCAGGACACCCAGACGGAGAGGUCUGCCCAGCUUAGCUGCAGUGUGAAGGAGGAGCCAGAUGCUGAUGGGCAGGAGAUGGCAUCUUCCAAUCCCCCAAAUCCAGCCCAGUGCUAUGAGGGGCACCCUGGACACCGGGAACCAGCCUCCACAUCCUUCCACCCACCCAGGAUUCAGGAGGAGUGGGGGCUACUGGACCCGUCACAGAAGGAACUGUACUGGGACGCAAUGCUGGAGAAGUAUGGCACGGUGGUCUCCCUGGCAGGGAUACCAGCCCCCCAGCCAGAGGCACGGGUGGAGUUGGAGCCUGGGGCACUGCGUACGGGGACAGAGGGUCGAAGAAGCCUCCACCCGGGAGAUGAAAGUGAGAGCCACUGCGAGGGUCCACCCCAGUGCCCAGAGGCCCAGCCACCCCAGGGCCCGGGAUCUGUCACCUGGGAGGGCCCGUCUGGGGCCUCUGUGUCUGCCAGGGCAAUGCUGGGAGCAGGGCUGGAGGCUGGUGCCCCGCGAAGGAAGCCUUAUACCUGUGAGCUGUGUGGCCGAGGCUUUGACUGGAAAUCAGUCUUCGUCAUCCACCACCGGACCCAUGCGGAUGGGCAGGGUCCACAGGCCCUGGGCAUCGGGGGUGCUCAGAAGCUGCCUCCGGGUUCCCGGGAGCCGGGCACACCCCGGCCCCCCCGGCGCAUGCUCCCAGGCCCUCGGAGCUAUGCGUGUGAGGACUGUGGGCGCAGCUUCAGCUGGAAGUCGCAGCUGGUCAUCCACCGCAAGGGCCACGUGGGCCAGCGGCGCCACCUCUGUGGGGACUGUGGCCGUGGCUUUGACUGGAAGUCCCAGCUGGUCAUCCAUAGGAAGAGCCACCGACCCGAAGCCCCAUGAAGGGCCCGAGGUGUCCUCAUCCUGCGGGCUUGGGAGCUUCCAGGGCCUGGACACAGUUCCCGGCGCUCUGGUUCCAGCUUUCCCCGGGGCUGCUCAGCCUCUGGGAUUCUUGGGGGCAGCAGAGGACACUGGUGAAUCAGAGUUCCCAGGAGGUUCCCCUGCCCCAGUUCAGUCUCCCCAAAACAGCCACCUGGGCGUAAGUGGAAAGAAACUGCUCCUCCUUCCACCAUCCCGUGAGGCCCGAGUUAGAGUCAGCUGCCCAAGCCUGGUGACUUCCUGGCUCUGAGACCCCAGCUUUGACCCAAUGCAGGCUGACAGGCCAAGGACUCUCCCUACCCCUGGGACCUCAGUGGCCCCAGGUGGCUGCUCAGAAACUGCCCCUUUCCACCCUUCCUGAAGCUUCCGGGCCCGAUGUCUCGGUGUAGAAGAUGCAGAUGGCCCAGGAGAAUAUGCCUUGCCUCUGUUUGCAGGCAGAUGGAAAACUAGUGCCCGUCCACGUUUGAGAUUUUUUAGAAAUUUCACUUUCAUAAUGGAAAGUUUCUGCAUAAGAAUCCUGAUCUCUGCUUUCCACGGGUCAGAAUAUUGGCAGUGCCACUGAAUGACUAAGCCACCCAGGCUUAGUCGCCCCACGUGAACCCUUUUAAAGCAUGGAGUUUUCUCUGGCUCGUGACAGGAAAGAAAGUCCAAAGGACUCGAAGCAUGGGGCACCUGGGUGGCUCAAUCAGUUAAGCAUCUGCCUUAG